GUGUCACAUUUACAAAGGCCUGAUCCCUGCAGGGUCUAUAAAGAGGUCCAGUACCGCUCACUACCCGGUCCAGUCCGAACUAAACACAGUCACAAUGAGCAAGAUUAUAUUCUACGAGGACAGGAACUUUCAGGGCCGCCACUAUGAGUGCAGCAGCGACUGUGCUGAGAUGCACAACCACUUCAGCCGCUGUAACUCCAUUAAGGUGGACAGUGGUUGUUGGGUUGCCUACGAGAAGCCCAACUACACUGGCUACCAGUACAUGCUGAACAAGGGCGAGUACCCCGACUACCAGCGCUGGGCUGGCUUCAACGACUGCAUCCGCUCCUGCCGUAUGGUGCCCCCUUAUCAUGGAAACUACAGGAUGAAGAUCUACGAGCGCUCUGACUUCAGGGGUCAGAACAUGGAGAUGAUGGAGGACUGCCCCGACCUGCACGAAAGCUUCCACAGCCGCGACAUCUCCUCCGCCAACGUCAUGGAGGGUUACUGGAUCCUCCACGAGCACCCCCACUACAGGGGUCGUCAGUACUUCCUUCGCCCUGGCGAGUACAGGAGGCACAGUGAGUGGGGAAGCUCCAGCCCCACCAUUGGCUCCCUGAGACGUGUCACCGAGACCCCCUGAAGGUCAACCGAGACCCCCCUAUUCCUCCCCUAAAGUAGCCCUAUUCUAAAUCCUGUACUGCACCCCUACCCUCUAUUGCUAGCACUGUUCGACUGUUGUGUAUCUACUGUGGUAUUCUGACCCUGAAAUCACAUUCAUGUGAUUGGGGGUUUUGGUCCAUUUGGUGUUGGGUCUUUGCUGCUUUGCUUAGACUGGGAAAGUAGACCUCGAUGCUCAGGCGAUGCUCGUAUGGUAACGUGAUGGUCUCUCUAGCUUUGGUUGUUACAGAGCAGAAUGAUGUGCUUUGCCAGUCCCCAACCCACUAUCCUAUAGGAACCAAAAUAAAUGAAAACUUGAUAAAAGUCAA